CAGGGCUGGAGGGAGCGCCACCGCCGCCGCCACCGCACAUGGGCCGGCCCCGCGGACGCCGCCGCCCCUAGCCGGUCUCCGGGGCAGCUUCCCACGGCUCCGGCUGCCAGACCAGCCAUGUCUCUCGGCGGAGCCUCCGAGCGCAGCGUCCCGGCCACCAAGAUUGAAAUCACCGUGUCCUGCAGGAACCUGCUGGACCUCGAUACCUUCUCCAAGUCCGACCCCAUGGCCGUGCUGUACACGCAGAGCCGAGCCAGCCAGGAGUGGCGGGAGUUUGGCCGGACUGAGGUGAUUGACAACACGCUGAACCCGGACUUCGUGCGCAAAUUUGUCCUGGAUUAUUUCUUCGAAGAGAAGCAGAAUCUGCGCUUCGAUGUGUACAAUGUGGACUCCAAGACCAACAUCUCCAAGCCGAAGGACUUCCUGGGACAAGCAUUCCUGGCCCUGGGAGAGGUGAUCGGAGGCCAGGGCAGCCGUGUGGAGCGACCCCUCACGGGUGUGCCAGGAAAGAAGUGUGGAACCAUACUGCUGACCGCAGAGGAGCUGAGCAACUGCCGGGACAUCGCCACCAUGCAGCUCUGUGCAAACAAGCUGGACAAGAAGGACUUCUUUGGGAAAUCAGACCCCUUCCUCGUAUUCUACAGGAGCAAUGAGGAUGGCACGUUCACCAUCUGCCACAAGACGGAGGUGGUGAAGAACACACUGAAUCCUGUGUGGCAGCCAUUCAGCAUCCCUGUGCGGGCCCUGUGUAAUGGCGACUAUGACAGAACAGUGAAGAUUGAUGUGUAUGACUGGGACCGGGAUGGAAGCCACGAUUUCAUCGGUGAGUUCACCACCAGCUACCGGGAGCUGAGCAAGGCCCAGAACCAGUUCACGGUGUACGAGGUGCUCAACCCCCGGAAGAAAUGCAAGAAGAAGAAAUAUGUCAACUCGGGGACUGUGACGCUACUCUCCUUCUCUGUGGACUCUGAGUUCACUUUUGUUGAUUACAUCAAGGGAGGGACGCAGCUGAACUUUACAGUAGCCAUUGACUUCACAGCUUCCAACGGGAACCCCCUGCAGCCCACCUCCCUGCACUACAUGAGUCCCUACCAGCUCAGUGCCUACGCUAUGGCCCUCAAGGCAGUGGGCGAGAUCAUCCAGGACUACGACAGCGACAAGCUCUUCCCAGCCUACGGCUUUGGGGCCAAGCUGCCUCCUGAGGGCCGGAUCUCCCACCAGUUUCCCCUGAACAACAAUGAUGAGGACCCCAACUGUGCGGGCAUCGAGGGCGUGCUGGAGAGCUACUUCCAGAGCCUGCGGACUGUGCAGCUGUAUGGGCCCACCUACUUUGCUCCUGUCAUCAACCAGGUGGCCAGGGCUGCGGCCAAGAUUUCAGAUGGUUCUCAGUACUACGUUCUGCUCAUCAUCACAGACGGAGUCAUCUCGGACAUGACGCAGACCAAGGAGGCCAUUGUCAGCGCCUCCUCACUGCCCAUGUCCAUUAUUAUUGUUGGUGUGGGACCAGCCAUGUUUGAGGCCAUGGAAGAGUUGGACGGCGACGACGUGCGUGUGUCCUCCAGGGGGCGCUACGCCGAGCGGGACAUCGUUCAGUUCGUGCCGUUCCGAGACUAUGUGGACCGGUCAGGAAACCAGGUGCUGAGCAUGGCCCGACUGGCCAAGGACGUGCUGGCUGAGAUCCCGGAGCAGCUGCUGUCCUACAUGCGCACCAGGGACAUCCAGCCCCGGCCCCCACCGCCCACCAGCCCCGGCCCGGCUCCGAAGCAGCCCUGAGCCUAUGGUCAGCUUGCCAGCCCCGGCCUUACCCCGGGGCAGCC